CUCUGUGGUUUUAUUCUAUUUUUUUUUGGUACCUAUAGCUUCCUAUCGAUACCGCGAAAAUAUUUCACUAUCAGUAAAUUUUCGCCUUGCUAGACUGUUAUGAACUUUCAGCUUUAAUGUUUAAUAUUAGUUCAGUGUUUCGGACCUAUGUUGUGCGUGUAAAUGUGGAAAUAUUGAAUUUACGAAAUGGCGGACGCGGUUCCUGUCUCUGACGUUCUCUGCGAAGCUAUAGAAUAUUUAUCCAAAUUCGGAUCGAAUUUAAGAGUUCGCUCAGAUAAUCUGAAGGAGAAAAGGAUACGCAAGGAUAAGUUACGAAAUACCCACGCAGUACAAAAAGCUGCAAAUAAAGUGCUAGUUAUAUGUGAUUUGUCAAAAAAGUCUAUUGAAAACGUCGAAAGCGGUAUCAAAAAGGUAUUGAAGCAGAUCGAUCUUUCCCACGACCGUACCACAAGUGAAGGCGGGAAUUCAAGUUAUAGGUUGCCCAAUGUGGAAAGGGCUGUUCAUUACGAAUAUAUUGAAUACAAUUCCCAUAGGUUACGUAUACGAAAGAAGGUUGAUAUGAAACAUUUCACAUCAGUAAAAGUCUUUGCUACAAGCAUGCCUCUUUCCAUGCAAGAUAAGUAUCCAGUAUUUUAUGACUGUAAAAUGUACCGAUUGAGAAAUAAAAGCAAAAAGUACCAAGAAGUAGAUGAGAAUAUUUCUGACCAGGAAGAUAUUAACACAGCAAGCCCUAACAGUACAGGACUAAGUGGAAUAUCUGAAUGUAGUACAAGUAAAGUGAUAGAUAAAUCUCAAAAUGAACCUACGGAAUGUGAUACUAUUUAUAAGUCUCAAAGUAAGACAUCUAAAUGCUCAAAACGUAAAUCAGAGAAGGAUAAUACUGAAUCAGAGAUGAGUGAAGCUGUGAGUAACCAAGAGGAAAGUAAAUCGUCUACAGUUUUAGUGAAUUCCUCUCAACCACAAAGUAAUUGUAAUGUUUUAGAAGCCCAAACAAAGUCAAAUACUGCAGAUGACCAAGCAAAAAAGAAAAAUUGUAGUGCUACAGAGCAGGAAGUUAAAGAUUCACAAUGUAAUGCAAAUGAAGCACCAGAAAAAGAAAUUACACAAGAGGCAAAAAAGAAAUCCCAAGAAAUUGCUUUGGAUAGAGAUAACACAAAAAAAAAACCAUGCAGCAAAUCUGAAAGUAGAAAAAAGUAUAGGAAUAUUAUUAAUAAAAGUUCAGAAAGUGAUGAUGAUCAAAGUUUGAAGGAAAAUUCAGAAAAGGAUGAUUCCAAAAUUUCUGAGAAGACUACACUAGGCAGAAAUACAUACAAAAGUGACACUGUACAAGUAAAAGAUGAUAUUUUGGAAAUUAACAAUGGUAAAGAUAGCAUAGAUAAUGAGCAAGAGAAACAUAUAGGAAAUAUGAACAAAAAGCAAACAAAACAUACAGUAGUUCACAACAGCAGUACUUGUGUUGAUAUAGUGGAAUUAAAUGAUUCAAGUAAUGAAGAAAAAAAUAUCAAGAAUAGCUCUUCUGAUGAUAAAACAACCCUUAGUGAUUCCAAUAAAUCUUAUUGUGAAAAUGAGACAGGUAGACAGAACAAUUCUAAAAAAAAACAUGAAAAUGAAAGUAUUUCUAAUGUUAUUAGUAGUAAUGAUUCUGUGAAUGAUUCUGAAGCAAUUAGUGAUAAAGAUUCAAACCAAAGACCACUCAUAAGAUGUGUUAGUCUUGAUAAGCUACUGAAAAAAAAUGAAGAAAAGGCCAAAUCCAAAAUUAGUGAGACCCAAAAAUGUUCAUUAUUAAAAUCAAAAAGUAAAAUGUUAGUCACUAAACAUGAUCAGUUGCAAACCAAACCUAAUGACAAGAAAAAUAAACAGGAUUAUAGUUCUAAACAGUCAUCUAAGGAAAAUGAAGAAUAUUGGAUACAAAAACGUAAGGAGGUGAAUCAGUUUAUUUCCAAGGGCUUUGUUAUUAGGACAAAAAGGUUACCAGAGUUAUCAGAAAAAUAUCUUUCUGCCCUUAAUCUGAAGAGGAUUACUCAAAACGGAUCUGUUAUUUGUGAAGUGGUAAGAACAGAGGAAAUUUGUGAAAAACAUUCUCAAAAAAGUGACACACCAAUUGAUAUAAACAGUGCUAAAAAUGCAUUGUUGUAUGAUUCUGAUUCAGGUAAAAGUAAAGACUUAGCAGAUACACCUAGAAAAGUGAAAAGAGCUCUUCUUGAAGAAUCUGAGUCAGAUAAGGAGGGCAAUCCCCCAUCACCAAGGCCACUAAAAAAAAAACUUCAGACUGAGUCUGGACCUGAAAAAGACAAGCAUCCCACAUUUCCAGAAGAGUUUGUGUCAGAAAAAAAAGAAAGUAUCCCAUCCUCAAGCCCAGUAGAGAAAGCACUUGGGAAAGAAUCUUGUUCUGAGAAAAACAAAAACUCGGAAGCAUCUGACUCAGAAAAAAUAACGCUGCUACAAGAACCUAAAAAAGAUGAAAACCCCCAGUCACCCAGUCAAAAUUAUGAUGAAAAUAAUUCAAUGGUAAAUGAAAACCUUAGCAAUUCUGAUAAAGAAAGAAAAAAUAAUAAUACACCAGAACCACAAACUGUAAAUAAAGUAUGUGAUACUAUGAUUGAUGAUUUAAAAUCUUCUUUACUACGUGAUUCCUCAGAUGAGAACCAUAAAACACCUACUAAACAGCCAACUAAAAAAAAUAUUAGCACUCCACCUUCCAAACGCAAGCAUAUAAUGGAAAGUAUGCAUGCUAAGAAGAUGUUGUUGACAUAUUCCUCUAGUUCUGAUACAGAAGAUGAACAAUUAAGAAAUGUAUUAAAAGAAAUUAGACAUUCCUUACUCAAAGAACAUACAAGUGAUGAGGAUAUUGCAAAAAAGAAGCAUAAAAAAAAGGAACCUAUAUCUGAUUCAGAUGAUAGUUCUGUUAAGGUCCAGAAAGAAAAAAAGUAUGAUAAAAGUAAGGAAUCAUCAUCAGAAAAUGACAAAAAUUUAAAGAGAAAAGCUACUGCUUCAGACACUGAUUCUUCUCUCAAAAAUUCAAACAGCCAAGUUGAUGAAAAUACUGAAGAAAAAUCUAUUAGCAGUUUUCAAAAGAUGGGGCGCUCUAAAACAGUUGGUACCAGCAGGCAAAAUUCAGAUACUCAAGAGUCUCAUGACAAAGACAUUGAUGGGCUAACAAACUUACGUACGCUUACCAAGAAGCAUAGGCGGCGGGGCUGCACGUCAACCGACCGCACUCAAAGCAGUACGAGAAUACUAAGAAGUAAAAUGCCCAAGGUGCCGCAAAUCAGCGAGGAGGGCUUCUUGAAGGCUGAGGACAGUUCAGAAGAAGCUUCUUUGGCAGACAGCGAUGUUGGGGAAGAAGUGGAGUUGCCGGCAGUAGAAAUUUCAGGUCUGAACGGCGACGGGUUUGGCCAUCUCGCGAAAGAUGACUUACUGGGUGACAGCGACUCAUCUAGCUCGCAAAAUAAGAGUUCACAGGAUGGUAAAGAAGGUGAAACUGACGACGAAGGAACCGUCAAAUCAAGACGUCGCAAAGCCCACGCGACGAUAUCAUCGGACUCCGAAGCGGGCGGCUCUCGCAAGAAAGACCCCAAUGUGCAUAACAGUGACUUCGAUGACUCCGAGAGCUCGGAAACUGGGAAGAGGUCGAAAAGAAAGAAAAGGAACAGCGAUAGCGACGGUUCCGGUAGCUCUUCGACUAACGAAGGUAAAAAGAAGCGACGACGUAUAAAGAAUAUCGACGACAGCGAUGGAUCCGGCUCGGAAACGGAAACUGAAGGCAGAAACAAGCAUGGCAGGAAGAACAUACGAAAGGUGAUGAGUAAAAACCAAUUAGAGGAGGCGACCAAAAAAGCCGCGCGCGAAGAAAAGGAAAGGAUUGCUCGGAUAGCUGAACGACAAAAAUUGUACAAUAAUUUGCAAUUCGACGAGUCGGGCAAACCAGAUGAAGUUGUACUAGAUAAGGUUAUUCUCGACUUUGAUCCCGAAACAAAAGAGCCAUUGAUACAGGUUGACAAAGGACUUGUAAAAAAGUUAAAACCACAUCAGGCAAACGGUAUAAAGUUCAUGUGGGACGCGUGCUUCGAAAGUGUGAAACGGAUAAAGAAAGACAAAGGCUCUGGAUGUAUUUUAGCGCAUUGCAUGGGUCUUGGAAAAACAUUACAGGUUGUCUCACUCACGCAUACGCUGCUAAUUCACAGUGAUAUGACACGUGUAAAUAGAGUUUUGGUUGUGUGUCCUUUAUCAACUGUCCUCAACUGGGUCAAUGAAUUCAAGAUUUGGCUCAAACACGCCGUCACAGACUUUGAAGUAGACAUUUACGAGCUCUCUAGGUACAAGCAAAAUUCCGAGCGUGCUUGGCAACUGCAACAGUGGUUUAACAACGGAGGUGUAUGCGUGCUGGGUUAUGAGAUGUUCCGCAACCUAUCGGCUGACAAUGUUAAGAAGUUCAAAAAGAAGAUGCUCAAGAGUUUCCAGGAGAGUCUAGUGGACCCAGGUCCCGAUUUAGUGGUCUGUGAUGAAGGUCACUUACUAAAGAAUGAGAAGACAAGUCUGUCGCAAGCUAUGAAUAGAGUGAAGACCCUACGUCGCAUCGUGCUCACCGGUACACCGCUGCAGAAUAAUCUCAAAGAGUAUUAUUGUAUGGUGCAAUUCGUGAAGCCGAACCUUCUCGGUAAAUACAACGAGUAUUUGAAUCGUUUCGUGAAUCCCAUCACCAACGGUCAGUACACAGACUCAACAGAGCACGAUAUCCGGAUUAUGAAGAGACGUUCCCAUGUGUUGCAUAAAAUGCUCGAUGGGUCUGUACAGAGGCGAGACUACGGGGUGCUGGCGCCCUUCCUGCCUCCGAAACUGGAGUUCGUACUCUUCAUCACCCUCACCGAAGUGCAGAUCAAACUAUAUCAACACUACCUGGAUAACUAUUCAAGAAGACCCCUAGCUGGCAAAUCGUCCGGAUUCCUGUUCCCAGAUUUCCAAUCGCUACAAAGGAUAUGGACCCAUCCGCUGGUUCUCAAAUACAACUCUGAAAGAUAUGAAAUUAUGCAGCAGAAAAAGAGAGAAAGAGAAGAGGAGGAUUCGGAGGGCUCGUUAGUCGAUUUCAUCGACGAUGAUUCCACACCUGAUGAAUCUUCGACCGAGGAAACCUCGGACAGUUUAUCGGAUGGAAGUGACGACAGUCGAAAGAAGAACAAGAAAAAGAAAGCUUCCAAGAAAAACAAAAGUAAAUCUUCUAUACGGCGUGGGACAAGAGCAAAUCCCGUGGAAGCCGAAGAAGACGUGAUGGCGGUAGAAAAUGACGGUCAAGUGAAGGCGGAAAACCCGACGGAAUGGUGGAUGUCCCUCGUCAGUGAGGACGAGCUAGAUGACCUCCGGCAUUCGCACAAGCUGGUACUCCUGUUCGACAUACUGCGCCAGUGUGAAGCCAUUGGCGAUAAAUUAUUGGUGUUUUCUCAAUCCCUGUAUUCAUUAGACCUAAUAGAACAUUUCCUGGGAAAAGUGGAUGAAGCGACACAAGAGGGGAGAGUUGACGAGAAGUUAAAUGGACAUGUUGGCUCGUGGUCACCUGGUGUUGACUACUUCAGAUUGGACGGUUCGACUUCGUGUGAAAACCGAUCUAUUUGGUGUAAGAAUUUUAACAGGGAAGACAAUCCUCGAGCUAGAUUAUUUUUAAUAUCAACCCGAGCGGGUGGACUCGGUAUCAACCUGGUGGCUGCGAAUCGCGUUAUAAUCUUCGACGUGUCGUGGAAUCCCUCCCAUGAUGUACAGAGCAUAUUCAGAGUGUAUCGGUUCGGACAGAAGAAACCGUGCUAUAUCUAUAGGUUUUUGGCAAUGGGUACGAUGGAGGAGAAAAUCUACGAGCGCCAAGUGACGAAGCAGGCUAUAUCGAAGCGUGUGAUCGACGAGCAACAAAUAGACCGGCAUUACGCGGAGAACGAUCUGGCAGAGCUUUACAAGUUCGAGCCGGAGCCGCCGACGCCUCGCGAGUUGCCUCCCCUGCCCAAGGACAGGUUGUUCGCAGAGAUGCUAAAGGAAUAUGAAGCACAGAUAUAUAAAUACCACGAGCACGAUUCGCUCCUCGAGAAUAAAGAGGAGGAGACUCUGACAGAGGAGGAGCGCAAAGCCGCGUGGGAGGACUUUGAGAACGAAAAGACGCGGCCGCCACCAGUGCCUUUCAAUGCGUACAACAUACACAACGGCAUGGUGCCUGGACUCCUGGCGCAGCAACAACAGCAGUUGGCGUACGCAGCACUGGCGGCAAUGCUGCGCAAAGACAUGCCGAACAUCAACGACGACCAAAUCCGGAACAUGCUGCCUCUCAUAUACAACUCAAACCCAGCGUUGAUGCAGAAGAUGAGUGAAAUCUACAAGUACGCUCAACCUGGUAUGAUGAAUCCAGGAAUGAUGAAUCCAGUACUAAAUCCAGCGGCAGGUGCGGGCGGCAACAUGUCGCUGGGCGGCAGCAGCGGGUUGCAGUACGAGCCGCCAUGGCAGCGGCAACAGCAGCAGCAACACCAGAUUCAGUUGCAACGCCUCAUGCAGCAACAGCAGAAUAUGGGUGCCAAGUACUACGCAGGCGGGCUGGGCAGCCGGGACCCCGUGGCGAUGGCGCUCCAGCAGCAGCGGGCGCGGGAGAUGAUGCUAGGCGAGCGCGGCAGACCCCGCGGCCGGCCCCCGGGCACCACGGCGCCGAGGCCCCGCGCGCCCCAGAGCACCGGGGACGUCGUCAACCUCGACUCGGACUAGGAGCUGAUUCCCGGUGUAUUAUAAACAUAUGUGUACAGUGAAGGUUAUACGGUGCUACAUUUGAGCAAGGUUGGCUCGAACACUCGUGUGGCGUCAAGUUGACAGGAAAUAUCUACUCUUAAUUGUAGGACGAUAGGAAUAUUUAAUCAAUUUAUGAACGAUGAUUUUAAAUGUCGCAUAAUAUAAUGUCAUGUAAGUGCCUGUACCCUAGUAUGAGAUUUGCAAGCACACAAUCGAGCGGUCGUUAGCUAGUAUCAUUAAACUGUAACGUCAGAGUAAAAUUGAACUUAUUCACCUAUGUUUUAACGCUCAAAUCCAUUCAGACUUCUAUAUCCAAGCGAAAUAGUAACAUAAAAAUCAGUAUAAAUUAAAAUUAUGCUUGAUUAGAAAGAAUUGCUAACGAUUGACGAAGGCGAUGAAGUCGGCCGAUUGGCCGAGUGGGCUUUCUUUGUUUAUGAGCCUGAGUUGCAUUCAAACAAUUAGAAAAUGUAUGUAAUAUAUUAUAAGUAUUUAUGUAUUUUAUACAUAGA